UCAUUGUGCUCCCAGCCGCCUAGGAAGCAAGUUGUAUUUGUCCACCGUUACCCGUUAUCAACUUAUCCGCAAUGAGUCUAAAUCCACUGGCAGGCAUCGGUCGUGCAAAUGGCCAGAAGGAGUCCGGUCUCAAUCUUAAGAGCACACUGGUCCAGGCCAUCAUCCUGUUGGUGGCCUGUGUCCUAUUCGGAGCCAAUCUGAACUAUGCCUCCUUUCCACCCGGCACUGUGAUCGAUAUCAAGCUGGGCGAUGUCACCCUGGAGCAGUUCAGCUAUGUGCCAACACGCGAUGGAUACGAGUUCAACUACACCCUUCCCGAUGGCACUUUCCGCGAUGAGAUUGGCAAAGUGCUGACUGGAUCCUCGGCUGCCCAGGAUCUGGAAAAUGCCAAUAAUCUGGCCAAGAACCAUCGUCCCUCCCGUGAACAGGGCCUGAAGGUGCGCAAGCUCUCAGGAAAAUCGCUUUCCUCUCUGGCGGGUUAAGAGAACGUUUCCUAUUAACUAACUUUCCAUCACGAAUUUAUUACAACAGUCUGCCAACUGUUUUAGGCUAGUGUUUAAGAUGAGCUGUUGUCCAAGCUGCAAGCAAUAAAAAAACAAAACAAAAAUAA